CGGCGGAGGCGGGAAGGCUCGGGCAGCUCGUGGUUGAAGGAGCGGAUCUGCGGUCUUGCAAGGAGGAGGGUGGGAGGAAGUGGGAGCAGCGAUGGUGAUGGCUGCCAAGAAGGGUCCAGGCCCGGGUGGCGGCGGGGUCAGCGGGAGCAAGGCGGAGGCAGAAGCGGCCUCGGAGGUGUGGUGCCGCCGGGUGCGGGAGCUGGGUGGCUGCAGCCAGGCCGGGAACCGUCACUGCUUCGAGUGCGCCCAGCGCGGGGUCACCUACGUGGACAUCACCGUGGGCAGCUUCGUCUGCACCACCUGCUCCGGCCUCUUGAGAGGUCUGAACCCACCUCAUCGUGUCAAGUCCAUCUCCAUGACAACUUUCACUGAGCCUGAAGUACUAUUCCUGCAAUCCCGUGGAAAUGAGGUUUGCAGGAAGAUCUGGCUGGGUCUUUUUGAUGCUCGGACAUCUUUAAUCCCAGAUUCCAGGGAUCCUCAGAAGGUGAAGGAGUUUCUCCAGGAAAAAUAUGAGAAGAAAAGAUGGUAUGUUCCCCCAGAGCAAGUCAAAGGGCCUUCCUACACCAAAGGCAGUGCCUCUGCCCCUGUGCAGGGCUCCAUCCCCGAGGGGAAGCCCCAGCGGACACUCCUCGGAGAUCCCACGUCAUCUCUCUCAGAUGCUGCUUCCAGCUCAAGCCAGUCUGCCAGCCAGUCUCAGGCUCGCCCAGCCCAGGCCCGGAGCUCCCAGCCUCCUUCCCAGUCUUCGGCCAAGAAGGCCAGCACUGACCUGCUGGCUGACAUCGGCGGAGACCCCUUUGCUACUCCUCAGGUGGCACCAGCCUUUGCUGCAUUCCCAGCCUUUGGAGGCCAGACCCCUUCUCAUGGGGCUUUUGCCAACUUUGAUGCCUUUGGCAGCAGCCCCAGCUCUUCUGCCUUCGGAAGCCUUCCUCCAACAGGCCAAGCCCCGUUCCAGACCCAGCCUAACCCAGCAGCCAGUCGGAUGCUAAUUGGAAGUUACAGCUUUGGGAGCAGCCAGGUGUCUCCAUUUGGGGCCACUCCUCUUGCUGCCGCCUCGCAGCCCAAUAGCCUUGCAGAUAUGGGUGGCCUCCUGGGACCCGGAAUAUCAGCCGGAGGUCUCCCCAGCAGCCUCUUCGGGAUGGCCAGCCGGGUCCCCGCGUUCCAGUCAGCCGCGUCGGGUGGCAGUGGCAACGCGGGGCUCACUUACGGAGCUGUCACCAACCCUUUUGCCGCUCCUGCAGCCCACCCCCAGCUGCCCUCCACCAACCCGUUCCAGCCCAGUGGCCUGGCGCCAGGGCCUGGCUUUGGGAUGGGCAGCGCUGUGCCUGGCUUCCCCCAGCCAGUGCCAACGGGGGCUUUCGCCAGCACCUUCCCUACGCCACUGCUCCCACCACAGGCGUCACUGACUCCGCAGCAGAGUGGCUCUUCCUUCACGGACUUAGGAUCUUCCAAACUGGGCCAGAGGCCACUGAGCCAGCCAGCUGGAAUCUCCACCAACCCCUUCAUGACUGGACCCUCACCGUUUGCCUCCAAACCUCCAACCACCAAUCCAUUCUUGUAGCACUGUGUCCUGGGGUACCUCUUCUCUACUCUCUGGGGCUCCUCUGUGCCUAGAGCUCCGGUGACCAUUAGCCUGUGGGCAUCUCUGUGGGUCUAAUGCCAGAAUGGGCCUGGAGACAGUGGAGGUGCUAAUGCCUUGCUCGGGGCUUCCAGAUGUGUCAGAUGGGGCCUCCUGGUCAGCCAGCCAGGGGCUUCCUUCCUUCUCAGCUGGCCUCUAACCAGGAGGCAGGCGGCACGGGAAUGCAGGCGCCCUGGCCUGGAGGAGCCACAGUAGUGAUUUUUUUUUUUUUUUUUUUUUGUCAAAUUAAGUACGACCAACCCUUUCCUCUCUCCUGCUCUUGACAUACACAUACAUGGCGCUCCGUCCCUCUCAUCCUGUGGCCUUGGCCUGAGCGGUGCUCCCUUGGGAGCAAGUCUUCUGCCAUGCCCAGCUUCCCAAGGCUGUGCUCCUCCCUGACAGAAGUGCAGUGGGAAAAGUAGGGUAAAGACGAGCCUUGGUGUUGACAGUGGACAGACAGCCCAGGGCUGAGAAGGCCCUGUGUCCAGCACCUUUGUUGUCCUGGCUUGGCCGCACCUACUUUUCUCUGCCUCGGUUGUUUUGUUUCCCUACUGCCCCCAUCCGGGUAGUUGGAACGCUUAGUCUUACUCACAGAACUGCACAUGCCCGACUCCUGUCAAGCACUUUAGCCGUUGGUGUCGUGUUUGGAUACCAGUGUUUUAUAUUUAUACAUAGUUUUCUAAUAUAGCCUAUUAUAUAUAUAUAUAUAUGUAUACAUAUAUACAUAAAUAUGUAUACAGAUACCUCCCUCAGCCAUCCUCCCAGACACCCCUGCAACAUAGGGAAUGGAGCUAGGCCUGGUGGCACAGGGCAUGUCACCCCAUCACUUGGGAGGCUGAGAUAAGAGGAUCAAAAAUUCAAGGCCCAGCCAGACAUGGUGGCACACGCCUUUAAUCCCAGUACUCGGGAGG